AUGGCGGGAGGAACAAGUAUCUGGGUCAGUAACGAGGCCAAGACCGAUCCAAAGGCCAUCUUCAAUCUUCGCCUUCUUUAUCUUCUUGUUGCCGUUUCAUGGGGCGGAGCUUUCUAUGGAUUUGACACGGGAAAUAUCGGUGGAAUUCUCACUCUUCCAUCUUUUGAAAAUGCUUUUGGGUUAAGUAACCUCACUGCAACUGAAAUGGAUAACCGGAAGGGGACUAUCGCAUCAAUGCUCGCGGCAGGUGGAUCUGUGGGGGCACUACUUGCAGCCCCAACAUCAGACUAUUUUGGUAGAAAGUGGUCGGUCUUUGGUUGGGGAUUGAUUUUCGUCAUAGGGGCCGCGAUGCAGAUGAUUGCGGACUACAAAGUGCUUCUAGGGGGUAGGUUCGUUGCCGGCAUGGGUGUUGGCGCUUCAUCAAUGCUGACACCCCAAUUUUUGGCUGAAAAUUCCCCAAAAUCUGUUCGAGGAUCAAUGACCGCCACGUAUAACUUGAUGAUUGUUUUUUGCCUAAUGUUAGCUUUCUUUAUCAACUACGGCGUCUCGAAGUGGUCAUUCCCGGGCAUCGAGUAUGAUAACAGUCAAUGGCGAACAGCGAUGGGCAUUCAGAUUAUUCCAGGUGCACUGAUGUGCCUCAUGAUUCCAUUCGUGCCCGAAACUCCGCGUUGGCUAAUAAAUCAUGGAAGAGAAAAGGAAGGCUUGGCGAAUAUCUGCAAGCUGAGAAAAUUGCCUGCGGACCACGAGUAUGUGCAAACUGAAUACCGUGAGAUCGAAGCCCAGGUGAAGCAUGAGCAGGAAUGUUUUGCUGGGCACAGCUAUUGGGUGAUUCUUAAAGAUAUUUUUACCUCAAGAAACAAUUUUCAACGUUUCUUCUUAGCUGCGAUGCUUUUUUUGUUCCAUAAGUUCACGGGUACGGAUUCUUUAAACUAUUAUGCGCCUGAGAUAUUUGCCAUGAUCGGUGUCAGUGGAAAUUCCGCGACUUUGUUGGACACAGGCAUCUAUGGUGUUGUCAAAACAGUCACGUCCCUUUUCUACGUGGUUUAUCUGGUUGACCGUGUGGGGCGUCGAGUUCCUCUACUUGUUGGCGCAACAAUGCAAGCUACUGCAAUGUUAUAUCUUGCCAUAUACCUUCGGUUCGCUGGCACAACGGAGGAGUCUACUGGAGGAGGAACCCCGGCUGGUGGAAUUGUGGGACUCAUCUGUAUUUACAUUUAUGCAUUUGGAUGGUCAUUUGGGCAUUCGGUGGCAUGCUACGUCGUUGCUGCUGAGAUCUUCCCCACAAGAAUCCGGUCAUUCUGCAUGGCCAUAUGUUUCUUUAUCAACUGGAUCGUUGAUUUUGGCAUUACCCGUGCUACGCCCAACAUGAUCACUGAGAUGGGCUGGGGGGUAUUUUUGUUGUAUGCCAUGUUGACUUAUCUUGGCGUGGUUUUCAUUUAUUUCUGCUUGCCAGAGAUGAAAGGUCGGUCCAUUGAGAGUAUGGACAAUCUAUUUGACCGGCCACUGUGGACAAUGUGGCGCCAUGCAUACCCCACAGAGGAAGAAAAAGUCCGCUCAGAUGUCCGAGAUGAGACUGUGAUGGGAAAGUUACAGGAUGACGAUGAUGCUAAGAGAGAGCAUGUGGAGCAUGUUGAAACCGCUUGA